AUGGCAUUUGAAUGGAGCAGCUGUCAUCAUCCAGGUCCUUUUGUCGGGAUAAUGACGUGGAGGCAUUUGACAACAACCUGGACACGUGACAACGCAGGGCAUCCUGGGAAGAAAAUGGCUGCCUCCGUAGUGACCAGGAGGCUUUGCUCCACCGCGGCUGUUGCGGCUGUCAAAACUACCCGUUGGGAGAGAUUAAAAAACAGUAGAGUGGCUAAGUGGUGCUCCGGCGUGCUUUUGGACUACAAGGAAGCUGUGCGAGAAGUGGGACUGGGUAUCCGGAACCGUCCGCUUAAAUCUUCCGUGUACAUCGGCCUGCUCGGCGGUGCUGGGGCUUGCAUCUACACCCAGCCGGACGAAACCUCCUUCGAGACGGAUCUGCUGGACGUCUCCAACAAGCUGGGUCUGCUGUCGCCAUGGAUACGAAGUGAAACCUCCGACCAGCACGUACUGAAUCUGGUGAAGUUGCGAAACGAAGGUCGUUUGCGCCAUAUCAGCCUCGGACUGGUGGCCCUGACCUUCUGCGGUGAUUAUGACCCCGAGGCGGACCUCUACGAAGCCCAGUGCGGGAACCUGUCCAUCCCUUGGAGGUCGCUUCAUGAGCGGGUAGUGGACGUGGGCUUUGCCGGACGCUGGUGGAUACUGGACUCCAAAAUGAAGGACUAUGAUGUGAACGAGGCGGAAUUCAAGAACCUACCAGUGCAUAUGCAGACAACGCAGCCCCCAACUGUCAAAGAGGUAGAGACCACCGAAAAGAUGCAUAAAGAUUCCUGGCUACCGAUCCAAAUGGAGGAGGACAAGGAGAAUAUUAUAUGAAUUGUAACUAGUGUUUGACCGCCAGACUAUACUAUAACGUAAUGAACAUUCUCGGCUUGGCAGCAAACGCAGGCUAGUUUCUUAGGGUGAAGUUGGUGCAGAGUAGCGCCUAACUCGGAAUGCACCCAAACAUUGGUCAUUAAUUUCUACGUUUGUUGGAUCAAGCACAUAGCCAUCACGUGUAUGUUGUAUGAAAGACCAAAACAUUAAAAAAAAAAAAAAAAAGUUUACUUCCAAUAAUA